AUGGUGAUGAUCAAUCUUCUUCUCUCUUUUCUCUGCAUUUUCACCACCACCGCCCUUUCACAACCAACCAGUGCUCCACCGUACUCUCAAGAACCCAUCGACGCUGCCACCCUCAUCUCUCCUCCUCCUCCUUCAAUCUCCGCAACCCCACCACCGGAUUCAAUCCCACCCAAGACUCCUCUCGUCCCUGGCCUCUUCGUCAUCGGAGACUCCUCCGUCGACUCAGGCACCAACAAUUUCCUCGGGACAUUGACACGCGCCGACUGCCUCCCCUACGGCCGUUAUUUCGACACGCACGAGCCCACUGGGUGGUUCUACAAUGGCAGAAUCCCAAUCGAUUAUAUUGCAUUGCAGCUUGGGCUUCCUUUUGUACCCAUUUUUCUUAGGCAGACUGGAAGAGUGGAAGAUAUGCUUCAUGGAUUGAACUUUGCUUCUGCUGCUGUUGGAAUUAUAUUCACCAGUGGGUCAGAAUUGGUAUGCUUAACCCUUCUCUUUUCGAGAUAG